GUAUAAAAGCGCUCGGCGGCAGCGCGCUAACGCAGCCGUAGUUUUUGAGGGAAAAUGUAUCGCUUGAGCUUAAAGUCUUUCACCGGAUUCGCUUUUAAUACUUUCCAUUUCACGGUGCCGUUGGAAAAUACUCUACUCAAAAGACAUUAUUGUAAAAACUGGUCGUGUAUCGGUUGAUUUUAAGAGCGGAGCUACUCAUUUCAACAAGAUGCCACGGGCCAAGAAAAGGAGCGGCAGAGGGGGACAACAGGGAAAUGUCCAGCCGUUCAGUGAUGAAGAUUCAUCUAUUGAGACCCUCAGUCACUGCAGCAGCCUCAGUGAGAGAACCAGUGCACCCGAGGAUGCUGGUGAAGGUGAGGAAAUGACUCAAGAGGACUUCCAAUAUAAACUGAAGGUGUACAUCGACAGCACGGUGGAUAAGAGUGCCAAGACCAGGCAAGGUGCCCUUGAUGGACUAAAGACUGCCAUGGCAACCAAAAUCCUGUACGAGUUCAUUUCCGAGAGAAGGAUGACCAUCACAGACAGCAUCGAGCGCUGUUUGAAGAAAGGUAAGGGAGUGGAGCAGAGUGCUGCCGCCUCUCUGGCGUGUCUUCUGUGCAUCCAGCUGGGUUCUGGAAUUGAGAGCGAGGAGGUUUUUAAGACGCUUAAACCUGUUUUUAAGACCAUCCUGAGUGACGGAACAGCAAACAUCCAGGCCAGACAAGCUUGUGCAACAAGUCUGGGCCUUUGCAGUCUUGUAGCUGAAGAUGAUAUCUUGGAUGUGUAUGGCACUAUGGAGAGCUUUGAGAGCCUCUUCACUCGCUCGUACGUUAGGGAGGACGGGACCCGACCUUCUGUUAACCCUCAGACCACACAGCUCCACACCAACGCUCUUCUGUCCUGGGCCCUGCUUCUUACCAUCUGCCCGGGCAACCACAUAAGAGCCAUCACACAGAAACAUUUGUCUAAACUUCCUCGUCUGCUGGAGAAUGAUGACGUCAACAUGAGGAUUGCUGCCGGAGAGACCAUCGCGCUGCUGUUCGAGCUCAUCCGAGAUGUUGACCCUGACUUUGAAUAUGACAACUGGGAGCCAUUGUGUGAAAAGCUGAACGCGUUGGCCACCGACUGCAACAAACACCGAGCUAAGACUGAUAAGAGAAAGCAAAGAUCUGUUUUCAGAGACGUCCUGAAGGCAGUAGAGGAUGGGGAUUUUCAAACCGAGACAAUUCGCUUCGGCACAGAGCGCAUGGUCAUCGACAGCUGGGUGAGGAAGAGGACGUAUGACACUUUCAGAGAGUUUGUGGGCUCUGGCAUGAACUAUCAUUUACAGGCGAACGAGUUUAUAAGGGAUGUGUUUGAACUGGGACCACCGAUGUUGAUCGAUUCUGCUGCUUUAAAAGCUAUGAAGAGCUCUAGAUUGGAAAGGCACCUCUACAAUGCAGCUGCGUUUAAAGCUCGAACCAAGGCGAGGAACAAGUUUCGUGACAAAAGGAACGAUGUCGGGGAGUUUUAAGAUGUUUUGUAAUGCACUUUUUUUUAUUCCUAACAUAGUCCAAAUUACUUUUUCUUCAUAAAUGUAAUGUUUACUAAACUUAAUAUUCCAUCAUUUGUCAUGGAUUCUAAUUUAUGUGUGUUUUUGUGGUGUUGGGUUUAUUAGAACAUCAACUCGUGAUCUUUGAUGUUUGUGUUAUGGAUUGUGUCGUGAAUUGCACAGUAUUUAUGUAUGUAUUGUGUAAUGUUAAUGUCAGUGGGCUGUACCGUAGUAGCAAGGCUGUGUUAAAAAAAUAAUUUAAAAAUGAUAAUAAAAUUGAUGAAAUCCCCGUUGA